AUGUUAAAAUUUUUAUUCCCCCCAAAUGGACGUCUUUUACAAACUUGUAUAUUUAGCUGUAUUAUUUCCUUCUUAAAUUUAUUUUUUCAAUAUUAUGUGGCCUAUUAUCCAAAUACGGCUGCUGGAAAUAUUCAAAAAUAUAUUAAUGAUUCUUAUCUUGCACGUGGACAAAAAAUUUCAGAAAAUUAUUUAUUGUGGUUUUGGAAUUCUAUUUUGAAUUUGCCCUUUCUUGGGCUUUUAUUGGGUAAUGUAUUGGCCCCUUAUCUUUGUGAAAGGGCUGGAAGAAGAGCCACUUUGCUCUACACAAAUUUUGCUUUGAUCAUCUCUACUUUAGUAACAAUUCUCUCAGUUAUAUAUCUAAUACCAGAAUUAUUUUUAAUAAGUCGAGUAUUUGGGUCAACAGUGACAAAUAUUAAUUUUUGUGCUUUUACUGUUUUUGUAACGGAAUUUCCUGCUACAAAAUUUAGAGGGUUAGCAGUGUUUUUGGGAGGCUUUAAUGCUAAUAUUGUCCAAAAUGUAGGAAUGCUUUUGGGUUGGUUUUUAGGAAAGAAUUUGGUAUAUUUAACAGGCAAGAAAGUAAUUAAAGUCGAGAAAUAA